GUAAAAUAAUUAUGGGAUAACUAGAAAAAAGAGAUUGAGAAAAAUUAUGGGGGAGGGAGGUUGUAAAUAAUUGCUUAAAUCAAACACAAAAUUUAUAAUCCUCGUCGAAUUUUUUCUUUUCCUUUGAAAAAUUUCACCGUCCACGAUAACGAUUUAAUUUACUAUCAUUAGUAUUUAUGCAUGAUGUAUGUUGCUGGUCAGUGCUCAGUGCUUAGUGCUGAAUGCUCAAUCCAUCAGCAGCAUCUCUCAACACCCCAAAUUGUUUGAAUCAAAUCUCUUUAACGCUGUUAAGCACAAUGCAGGAAUGAUGCUGUUGAAUAUUCCUGUUACUUGCACCAUGAUGAGCUCUUCUGGGUCUGCAUCCUGCUGUGCAGAUAUCAAAAUUUCUGCUGUUGUUCUUGAUUUGGAUGGGACUCUUCUGGACACAGAGAAUGCAACAAAGGGUGUUCUGAAAGAAUUUUUGGCCAAGUAUGGGAAAAAAUUGGACAAGGAAAAGGAAGAUAGGAAGAGGUUGGGGAUGACUUUACAAGCGUCAGCUGCUACCAUUGUUAAGGACUAUGACCUCCCAUUUACACCCAAUCAGUUCAUCGAUGAAAUCAUACCUCUGUAUCGUGACAAGUGGUUGCUUGCCAGACCCCUGCCCGGUGCUAAUCGUCUCAUCAAACAUCUGCAUAAAAAUGGGGUGCCAUUUGCUCUUGCUUCAAACUCCUUAAGAGAAUUUAUAGAUGCAAAAAUCUCUCACCAAGAAGGUUGGAAUGAGUACUUUUCAACAAUUCUUGGAAGUGACCAGGUCAAAUCAGGGAAGCCCUCUCCAGAUUUAUUGAUAGAGGCUGCUAGGAGAAUGGGUGUAGACACUCUAAAGUGCCUGGUUAUUGAAGACUCUCUGGUUGGCGUUAAAGCUGCUAAGGCUGCAAAAAUGAGGGUAGUGGCUGUUCCAUCUGGAAGUGAAGCUGAUUGUUCUUUGUUGGCAGAUAGUGUGCUUCAUUCACUUCUAGAAUUUCAGCCUGAGAUAUGGGGGCUUCCAUUGUUUGAUGAUUGGGUUGAUAAGGCAUUGCCCAUUGAACCAAUUUACUUUCGCAUUCUAUACAAAAAUGGAUGUGUUACUGAAGUCACAGAUGAUGGCAAAUCAGCUCUUCCAUGCCAAGUUUCAGGACUGUACUUUGGUUGGGCUGAAUCUGGCAUGCAUAGGAUCUCAAAGGUUGUGGUUGGCAUUGGACUGCUUCAUCAUUCAUGUACUGUUAAGAGGAAUAUUCAAAUACAUAUGAUUGUUGAAAAAGCCAAUGAGUUUUCAGAUCAGAAGAUGCAACUGGAGCUGGUUGGCUACAUCCGCAGACUGAAUAGCAUGGAACUUGAAUCCAAUAAUGUGGAAAUACUUGAAGAGGACAAGUCUAUUGCAAGUUGUGGGUUGGAUCAGUCCAUAUUCAUCCACCAUUUUUCUGCUCCUUUCAACAACAGUGGCUGCUGCGUUUCUGGAGGACUCUAAUGCUUCUACACCGCAUUAAUAAUAAUAAAUUUGUAGUAAAUGAGUACAAUUAAUAAUUGUAAUUAUUAAUUAAAAUUACAAACCAAACUAUACAUAUGGAUUCUAUGAUUGAUUUGCUAGUUAAAUGUGUAUUAUAGUGAAUUCAAUUUAAUGUUUUGAUUGGGUAAGGCGAUGGAGAGAUUAAGUUCAUAUCAGAAUGAGAUUGAGAAUUGUUAUAUUAAAUAUUUAUAUUUGUAUACAAAUUUCAAAAUUAAUAUUUAAUUUGAUGAUUAUUAAA